GUGGCCCCUAUCAGAUUGAGGUCAACAUCUCUGCCCCUGGCACGCUCCCCAAUGGUACCCUGUACACAGCCAAGGGCUCCCAGGUGGACUUUAGAUGUAGCAGCAGCUCCUGGCCCCCACCCAUGGUUGAGUGGUGGUUCCGGGCCUCAGAUUCCAGCCCCGAGCCCUUUGGAAACAACCUGACGGUCAGCUGCUUCACGCUGUUACUGAUGUCGCAGAACCUCCAAGGGAACUACACCUGUUUGGCCAUGAACAUGCUCAGCGGGAGGCAUCGAAAGGUGACCACCGAGCUCCUGGUCUACUCCCCCCCUCCAUCAGCCCCUCAGUGCUGGGCUGAGAUGUCAUCAGGAUCGUUGAUGUUGCAGCUCACCUGUCGCUGGGAUGGGGGAUACCCUGACCCUAAUUUCCUGUGGACAGAAGAGCCAGGAGGUGUGAUCGUGGGAAAGUCAAAGCUGGGCGUGGAAAUUCUGAACCAGUCCCAGCUGUCGGAUGGCAAGAAGUUCAAGUGUGUUGGGAACCACAUCGUGGGGCCAGUGUCGGGAGCUAGCUGCGUGGUACAGAUUAUUACAGAACCUUUAAACAUCGGGGGAAUUGUGGGAACCAUUGUGAGCCUCCUUCUGCUGGGAUUGGCCAUUAUCUCUGGACUUAUAUUAUAUUACAGCCCUGUGUUCUGCUGGAAAGUAGGAAACACUUUCAGGAGACGAGACAUGGAUGAUAUCAUGGUUUUAGUGGAUUCAGAAGAAGAGGAGGAGGAGGAAGAUGCUGCAGAGGAGGAGGAGGAAGAUGGAGAAAAUGAGAGAGAGGAGUUGCCAAAAGAAAUACAUAAGCAUGGCCACAUUCACAAAGUGACCGCACUGGUAAAUGGGAACUUGGAACAGAUGAGAAAUGGAGUCCAGGAUCUACAAGAUGACAGCAGUGAGCAGCAAAGUGACAUCGUUCAAGAAGAAGACAGGCCGGUUUGAAGAGGAGGAUCGUCUGUCGUCUCGCCUCAUCCUGAGAGCUGUGCUGAAGAUGAGCUCUUCAUUCAGCUUUGGCUUGACUUGCGCCCCUGCCCAGGGCUUGCCUUAGCAAUGUUUGGUCUCUUAACAAACAAGAAAAAUAGACCUACACAUCUUUCCUUCCAUUUUGUUUAAAAAAGAAGGGGAGGGGGGUUGAAGUAAGUUUUCUCAACAAUGUUAAAAAGCUUUGGGAAGGAACGGUGUGUAGAAAAGCGGCAUUUGGCAUCCGAGGUGCCACUUUUGCUGUGACUCCUGGCUUUAUCCAGGUUGAGUUACUGUGACAAGACACUGACUUGGAGGGAGCAGAGGUGGGGGGAGCACUUGGUCUCCGUGCCCUUUGCCACUAUUAAAGGUUUACAACCAGCUUGCCCCAGCACAAAAGGGAAUACUGUGGGGGUGAUAGGGAAAUUUCUUUUAUCACUGCCCAUGUGAGCUGGUGACUGAGGAACUAGGAAAAUGUCAGGUCCCUGGAAAAGGUGAGCUUUUAGCUACCAGUGCAAGACGGGAAGACAGUUUCUUUCAGGCUUUGGAGUCAGAAACACUGGGGCUUGGAACUGGGCCCUGCUACUUCCUUGUUUCAUGGGCUUGGGCAUGUUGCUUUACCUCUCAAUUUUCUCAUCUGUAAAAUAGGUGAAAUCACACCUGCCUUCCGGGCUUGGGGUGAAGAUUAAACGAGGUAAUUUGGUACAUAAAAGUGCCUAAGAGGUGCUCAAUGGAUGUUAGUUAUCUUCUUUGGCUUCCCUACUGGAAGAAAAAAUGUUAACUGUAAGUUAGGAGCUGCUGCCUGUCUCUUUCAUUCUUCUUUAUAAAAUGGUUUCAGACGAGGACAUUAUCAGGGAACUUCUGUUGAUUUUUGUUUCCCUGGAGAUAAUAAUGCUUUUCAAAAGAGGUAGGGGUCAAUAAGAGAAAGUGCCUUUCAUUAUAACCUCACAUUUUACAGAGCGUCAUAUUUAUAUAAAAGCCUUCCAGGUGACACACUAUUAGCUUUCAGACUACCCCAUCCUUCAUUUCUCCUGUUGCUUUGAAGGAGGGCAGGAGAAAUAUUUCAUAAUGGAGUAUCAGGUGAUAAGAACUUCUCGGGCAAACCAGUUCAUCUGGCCUCAGUUUUUCUAUCUCAGAAACGGGAAAACUUGUUUUCUUCCUACUUUUUUUGGCAGCUGGCCAGCCAGGAUGGCAAUUGAACCCUGGAUCUUGGAGUUGUCAGCACCACACUCUAACCCACUGAACUAUUCAGCCAGCCCUCUUAUCUACUUAAGGAUAUUGAAGAUACACUAAUAAAUAACACUAAGUGUCAAAUGAAAAUAACGUAUGAUGAGUUUAGGCUGCUGAUGUUUCCGGUAGGUCCUUGUACAGUUUUGAGAUUUUUUUCUGAUUUCAUCCAGUGUCUUAAAUGUCAGGGGCCUUAUAAGGGUGCAGUGGAUGCAUGCUAAACAUGAAAAUCUGAUCUGAAUUUGCACUCUUUAAUGUUGCAUAUCUUGCUGUAAUGGGCAAGAUGUAGGGUGGAAAGGAGACUUUUCCCUUCUCCAGUACCAAGGCCUGGGAUCCUCAGAUGAGAAGCUGGUUAUCUGAAAUAACCCUGCAGGUAUGGUUGGGGAAGGUCUGUUUUUUUGGAUGAAGGGACUAAUGUGAGCAAAUCACUAGACGGGUGCCCUUUCUUCAGGACACCGGGGGGGCUCAGGAGCUGGCUGUAGUUUCUUCCCCUAGCUGUGAAUUGCAGUUCUGCUUGGCUAGAUCUUUUGCUGCAUGGCACCUCAUGUACUUAACCACUCUCAACAGUGUAAAUUAUGUUAGUGUCAUUUCAGAAUGGGAUACUCAGGUUGCUUCUAAAGUCACUGAAAGCUAAGCUAGUCUCUCCUUUAGAGUCUUCAUGAUGACUAAAUUCCAGAAUUUAAGAACUCAGAGGCAACCAGAUUUAAAAAAAAAAAAAAAGAAAAGAAAAGAAACUGUGGGGAAAAAAUAAAUCUCUACCUGGGAACAGAGAAUGUCUUGCAAGAUCACUGGGAUGUUUUCCACAACUUCCUCUUCUCUUGCACGCACAUUUGAUGACAGGAAAUAUUUGGGGCGUUUUCCACUAGCAAAUGGGAGCUUCAAGGUCUUGGUGC